AUGGCUGCUUGUCACAUGACCAAAGAAGUUAGCUUAUAAAAGACAAUGGUUCGAGAAGCCUGGACGUUUUACUUUUUCUAAACAAGUUUAAUGGUCUAAGUCAAAGAAUCUUUUUAGAGUUGGAGAAACACGGUCAUCGAUUAAAAGUAUUUGAAAUAAAUAAAGAAGACGAUAUGCUAAAAUAUUCAAAAGAUUACAACCACGACCUUAUUAUUUGUCCAUUUUUAACAAAAUGCGUACCAAGAGAGGUUUGGUCUAAAACAAAACCAUGUUUAAUUGUUCAUCCUGGAAUCCAAGGAGAUCGAGGAAUGAACUCACUAGACUGGGCUAUAAAGGAAAAUAAACUGCAAUGGGGUGUAACAGUUUUGCAGGCUGCAGAAAAUAUGGAUGCAGGAAAUAUAUGGUCAACAACCAAUUUUUCAAUUAAUCGAAAUAACAUGAAUUCACUAACAAAAUCGAGUUUGUAUAGUAACGAAAUUACUAAUGCUAGCGUGGUAUCAGUAUUACAAGCCGUUAGCAACUUUAUUGAUCAGGUUCCUUCAAAACCAUUGGAUUAUUCUGACCCAAACACAAAAGGUGUUCUCAAAAGGAAUAUGAAUAAUCAAGACCGAGAGAUAGAUUGGAAAUGUUCUGCAGAAGAAAUAUCAAGCAUAAUUCGCAUGUCUGAUUCUCAACCUGGUGCAAUUGCUGUUUUAUCUGUACCAAGUUGUAACUAUAGCAGCAAAUUCCGUGUCUUUGGUUCUGUUAUUGAAAAAGAGCAAUUGUUUAGCUUUGAUAAAAAUGCCCCUGGGGAUAUUGUUGGGCAAAGAAACGGAGCUAUUUUAGUAAAAUGCAAAAAUGGUUACAUUUGGUUGUCUCAUUUAAAAAACAAUAAACUGAAGUUACCGGCUAUAUAUUGGCUUCAACAAGCAAAAAAUUCAAUCGGAUACAUUCCAACUCUUAAGCUCAAUUAUUCAGUCGGAGAAGAGCCACAAACCUUUCAAGAAAUUUGGACAAAUGUGGUUGAUGGCGUUUGUUUUAUUCACUUCAACUUCUACAAUGGCGCAAUGAAUGUUUCUCAAUGUAAACAGCUUGAGAGUGUUUUGAAGUUAGUUGAUAGCAAUCGUUUAAUAAAAACGGUUGUUUUAAUGGGAGGGUACAAUUGUUUUAGUAAUGGAAUUCAUUUAAAUGUUAUUGAUCAUGCAGAAGACUCAUUCAACGAAUCUUGGGAAAAUAUUAAUGCUAUUAACGAUGUUGUGAAACAGAUUUUUCAAAUGUCUAAAACAACUAUCUCGGCAUUACAAGGAAACGCUGGGGCAGGCGGUUGCAUGAUGUCUUUGGCAAGUGACUACGUUUGGUGCCGAAAAGGAGUUGUUUUGAACCCACAUUACAAGUCUAUGAAGUUGUUUGGAUCCGAAUAUCAUACAUAUUUUUUAAAAAAGCGAGUUGGAUUAAGGAAAUCUCAAGAACUCUUGGACUCAACUAUGCCAAUACUUUCUUCAACAGCAUUAGAUAUUGGAAUGUUUGAUAAAGUGGAAGGAAACACAGUGGAGGAGUUUCGAGAUUUUGUUUAUAAAGAAUCUUUAUCAAUAAACUCCAGGUUUGUUAAGGAAAAAACCUAUCAACAGAUUUUUGAUGAGUUAGAACAUCACCGUAAAAAAGAACUUUCGAUGAUGAUAAAAAACUUCAGAAGCUCAGAAUACAAUGAAGCUAGAAAGAAUUUUGUUUAUCAUUAACAAAGCUAAUAAUUGUACCCUAUGGGCAUUUGUUUUUUAAAGUUACGUUCUAAAUGUCUUUUAAACGAUUUUUAAACGUCUUUUGAACGUUCUUAACGUAAGAAUGUUUAGAAGACGUUUAAAGGAAAUUUAAAAUACAUUUAGAACGUAACUUUUAAAAACAAAUGCACACUGGGUAGCUUGAUUUUUUAACGCUUUUAAAUUUGAAGUAAUUGUAUUACUUUUUUUUUUGUAUUUGAAACAUUUACAUGACUGAUUGAUUUAUUAACUGA